GAGUAGUUAAAUCAUUAGAAACAUCAAGGUUGUUUACAAAUGGCGGAAAUAAAAGAUUAUCGGAAAUCUAAAUAAUGGUGGACGAUUAAUGCAUUCCAUGGAGAAAAUAAUGUAGCACCAGACCUCCUCCUUUACUAUAAGUUGCUCCAACAUGUCACUGAGGACAAGAAUAAAGGGUUUUACGGCCUGGGUCAAUCUGCGGCUCAUGCCCUACGACCAUUUAUUAAACAAUGUGCUCAUGGAUCUUCUCUCUGGAACACACAUGAAGUACCUGGUGGAAAGCAUCACAGGCUAUGACAUCAAACGACUUGAAAGCAUGGACGACCUAUCUCAGCAACAGAAGCAGACUAGGGUGGACUGGAUUGUUGAUGAACUAAAAAAAUCUUCAGUAUUACCUGCAGAUGUAUCUGUAGACACACGGAUGUUUGCCAUGAGAAGUGCUGACCAGGUGUUUGACCUACUGUGGAGACUGAUCUGUCAUGACAUUUGGUUUGUGUGGGAGAGGGCUGAAUACCUCCAGCAGUUAGACGAAGACGUUCUAUGUCAGGUCCCAUUCAAGUGGACCCCAGAGCCUCCUCCUGCCAAGAAAAAGAAGAAGCAGCAGAAAAAGUCCUUACUGUCUGGGUUCGGAGCAGCGGGGGCUCAGGAGGAACAUGAUGAGGAUGACUUUGCAGACUGGAUUAAAUGGCCCAAUGCUGACUAUGUCAAAAACUUCAAAAAGAAGAAGAGAGAAUUUGGGGAUUAUCCUAGCCCUGAUGACUGUAUUUUGGAAAUGGUGAACUAUCAACUCAAGACUGUAAAAGAUGGGAAGAACCUUUCCUGUUAUUCCAUAGAUGACCUAGUAGAUAGCCGAGUCCUGUGUGCUCUAGUCAACUCCUUCGUCCCUAACACGUUUACCUCUGACCUGCUUCUGAAUGAUCGAUGGACAAUCAACUUGGCCCUGAAGACUGCAGAGAACAUGUUUUAUGCUGAUACUCCAUUUGAUUCAGAGGAUUUAGUUGAGGCUGAUGCUAUGGCAGUGUGUUCAUAUUUCUGUUUUUUCUUCAUGAUGGCUUACAAAUUCCGCCAAUGCAGAGCAGUUGUCAACAGAUUUGAAUUCAUUGCAAUGCUGAUUCGAGAGGCCCAACAUGAAAUUGAUAAGUUUGCGCCAAUUGUUGCCAACAUGCAAGAGCUUCAGAGGAGAAAAGAACUGAAAAAUGAGAUUGAAAUGCACAGACAAGCCCAAGAGAAGAUCAAGAAGAAAUUUGAUGUUGAUUAUUGUAAAAGAUGGAUGCAGCAUAUUGAAAAUUGCAAGAGUGAGGUUCGACGCGCGAUUCGUGACAAGAUGAGAAGCCGUUUUGAUGUAAUCACCAUUCCACGGAACGUCACUGUCAAUGACUUCUGUCUGGCUUUUGUCAUUAACUUGAGCCUAACAAAUGGAUCAGGAUUUUAUGAAGCAACAUCGAAAGAACUUUGGACAGAAGGAAGGAAAAUUGUCAUCAAACACAAAGACACAGAGGAAUAUUUUGAUGAUUUUAGUGGGGUCUCUAAAGGUCCAGGAGUGCGGGAAAUGCUACGAUUACCGGAGGCAGGAUUACUGGAAAUUAUGCCUGGAGACCAUCCUGAUUACGAGAUAUAUAUGGAAGCGCCGAGUCGUAACAAGCAGCUGAAGGCCGGGGCCAAGUUCCUGUACCAAGUGUUCCCAGGGAACACAGGGUCAUGGCAACGACUGUUCAUCAAGUCAGCUCGAGACAACGAGUUUGAGACUGUGGAGAAAAUGAUUGUGUUCUUUCAGAGUCAUCCUCAGUUCAUCAAUGCAAAGGAGCCAAAAUCUGGAAACACUGCUCUACAUUGGGCCUGCAGAAAUGGACACUUUAGCUGGAUGAAUCACAAUCGUUGGCUGCUAUCAGCCAAAGAUUCAUUGGGAUACACCGCUCUCCACUGGGCCUGCAAAAAUGGCCAUUUUGAAGUUGCAAGACUGUUAAUGGAGAAUGGAGCCAACAUUGACAGCAAAAAUAUCCUUAAAAACACCCCACUGAAUUCUGGGAUAGAGGGACUGCAGCGGAAAAUCUGUCACUACCUGAUAGAGUGGGGAUGUGAUGUCCAUUGCAAAAACGUCAAGAACCUCACACCAUUUGAAACAGUGAAAAAUGAUGAUUUCAAGAGAUAUCUCGUUGAGCUGUACGAGUAUUACUCUGUGAUUGUUCCAAAGAUUAUGAGUGGGGACAUGAAACUAAUGGACCGGGUCAUCAAGGAUCACUCUACUGGGGUCAAGGAACUUUGCUGUCUCAGAAGCAGGUGUAUAAAUGGGAGCACUCUGCUCCAUACAGCAGCCUACUAUGGACAUAAGGAUGCCAUUAGGGAACUUCUGCGACUAAGAGUAGAAAUCAAUGUACGCGAUUACAAGGGGGCUACACCACUCCACAGAGGGAAAAGCACAGACAUAAUGGAGAUGUUACUAGAUGCUGGAGCCAUGGUUGAUGCUGAAGACGUGGAAGGAAACACUCCCCUUCAUGUCAAGUGCUAUGGUGAAAGCAACAAGCCAUCUGAUCUAACUAGCAUAGAGCUUCUUCUGAACAAAAAUGCCAGUCUCAGUAAAAGAAACACUAGGGGACUUUUGCCUAUUCACUGCUGUGCAAUGCAAGGUCGUAUCGAUGUGAUGAGAAUGAUGAUGAGAUAUGACCAUGAUGGUUUUAUGGCUAAAGCCAUUGCUGGAGAAGAAACCAACAAACCUCCCCCGAGCCUGCUCAACCUGGCCAUAGCUAACGACUUCACCGAGUGUGCUCAGUGGCUCUUGGCAAAUGGAUUCUUUUUCAAGGAGAAAGAACAAGAUAUCUUGAUGAGGAGAAUUCUAACAGAACAAAUUACACUUAAAGACAGCCAAGAUGCAGUUAAAUUCCUGUUGGACAAUGGAGCAGAUGCAAAUCCCAAAUAUCACCCUGGAAACAACUCUUCCCUGCAUUAUGCAGCAAGUCUGAGUGGGGAGGCUGACAUAUUGGAACUUUUACUGAGAUAUGAUGCCAAUGUAGAUGCUUUGAAUGAUGAUGGGGAGACACCAUUGUUCUUUGCCACCAAGUCCAACAACAAGUUUGCAGCUUCCACUCUUAUUGACAGAAAGGCAAACUACAGGCACAAAAAUAACAUGGGUCAAACAGCUUUUGAUUACAUCAUAGAUUAUGAUGAGUGGAUAGAGUGUGGAUAUUUUGAUGAUGAAAUCAAAGCCAGACUGAAAGCAUACAAUCUGAAGCACUCUAGAGACCUUGUGAGGGCGAUUUCCAAAAAAGUGAAGACGAUUCCGUUCCACCCGCUCAGGCCGAGAUAUCCGUCAACCCUGACCAGCUCCCCCCAUUCUACCUCCCCCCACCCACUGACCCCCACCAUAAUGCCGUCCUCCUCCCACUUCUCUGCUGGAACCUUCGAUCGCGUCAGCGGAAUUCUCCCGGCAAUAAACCGUCGAACAUCAGUGGCUGUGGGAUAUCUGAUUGAUAGGCAGAGCCUAUAAACUUACAUUGGAAUAUUUUAUAUGUUAUGCAGGAAAUCUGUUAUUAUUGGAAUUAUACACUGAUGAUUUAUUAUUGUUGUUUUGUUAUAUGAACAACUGUUAACUGCACAUGUUUUUGAUGAACGAUUUUCACAUUGUUUAUUAGCUAGAUUUCAUAAGUAUACCUUACCGUUUGUGAUACAUUUUUUAUUUGCAAUUUUUUAAAAAAUUAUUUGAGCACAAAUGUUUUUAAUUGAGAGUACCGGUAGAUUUGCAUCAUCUACUAUCUGUUAUCUUUCUUCAACCAAUUGCAUUGAAUUUAAUUCUCCCAUCUCCAUUUAAUAUCAUCUAAGCUAACUGCAUGUGUUUCUGUCUAAUACCAUUUGUUGUGAAAAAGUUUUACUGUUACAAAUUAUUGCUCAAUGCAAACAUUCCAUGUUUUUGUCUUGACCAAUACUAUACUAAUGGUCGAUACUAUACAUGUACACAUAUACAUGUAUAUCUAGUAGGGGAUACAUUUACAGUUAUAUAUCUCAUUCAUGAGUUUUAAGUUCAUUGCAUGAAUUUAUUUGGUCUUGCCACAGACAGCCAUACAUUAAGUUCCUAUGUAUCGAUCAGUAUAUAUACACAUUUCAUUGGGUAUUGGCACUGUAUGUGGAAAAUGUAUAUAAUGUCAUUAAAUGCUCCACUGAUAUUAGAGACUUUACAGUAUUGAUGGUUUUUAAAACAAAAUGCUAUUCUUAACACCGUUUAUAUUGCAGGUCCUUACUCUGUGUUUGUAAAGCUGAAUCUUGCUUAUCAUUUAGCAAUUUGUGAGCUAUUUUUCCUUCUUUUUUCAACUUUCAUGUCAGAUAUGAUUUUUACGUGGUUUUUUGUCUACACCCUAAAGUUUUCGCAAGCCAGAUUAAAAUCAGUUGAUUGUAAUUUAAGGUUUGUUUUUUAAAGUAUGUGCAAAUCAAGAUUUAUAAGAGUAUAAUAUGCUAUUGAGGAUUUAGCUGUAUAUAGCAAACAAUUUUAAUUACUAUACAGAGUCAAGACUUGACCAGGUUAUCUUGAAAUUGUUAAGCACUUUAAAAAAAAUUGUUUUUCUUUUUUUUUUUAAAUGUUUACCCCAUAAGCCAAAAUCAAUUGAGAAUUUCCAGAAGUAUUACUUAAUUUGUGCCUUUAUAUAUUUUAUUUACCCAUGUCUGAAGGACAAACUCUUUGUAGGGAUUACUUCUCUUUUUUUAAACACAAGGUUGUGAAAUUCUAUUGUGUUCAUUCUUGGAAUGUAUUUGAAUUCUAGUGCUAAGGUACAGGGUUUUGUUGAUUAUUUUAAAUUUAAUGGAUAUACAGUGUUUUUUUCUUUAAAUUGUCCAUUAUUUGGUCAAAAUGUGUAUAAAAAAGGGUACAACUGACAGUGAUGAUUUAAUACAUAUAUUAAAAUAAUAUUAAAAUAUUCAUAAAUAGUGGUACAUCUUUGAGAAAAAAAAUCCAAUUUAUUGGUAAUAUAUUUUAAGUAAACAAUGCAUAAUUUGUCAUGUUCUUAAAAGGUACAGAAAAAAUAAAAGAUAUUGAGAAGUGUUCCAA